GUCGCUUUGGGGGGACCUCAGGUGUCUAGGUUUUCCUUUAGGUUUGUUCUGUCCGAGACGCGGGACUCCCCGGGCCCGGCUCGAGUGUUCCUGUGUAGUGAGAGAAGGUAGCUUUGGCGGAGAGCAGUUCAAGUUGCUAGGAAGGUGCGGGACUGCAGCUCUCCCCCAUGCCGGGCAAGUGGUGCGGUCCUGAGCUUGUCCUGGAGCCUGAACAACGCCUGCGAGAAGCCCGCCGAACGCGGGUUCUGUGAAGAGACGUGGGGAAGAUUCGAUUCCGAGAAAAGGAAAAGCCGGAUUGAAAGGGAGCGAAGCCGCUGAGGGGGAGGGGGCUGCCAAGAUGGCGUCCGCCUCCUCAGGGCCAGCGGCGGCCGGGUUUUCAUCCCUUGAUGCCGGGGUCCCUGCCGGUACCGCAGGUUUCAGCUUUCUGUGCUGUGGGGUCCACCGUAAGAGAGCAGCAGCAUCUGGAAUCAAGAGAGCCCCAGUAUCUGAGGGACCUUGUGCCUCUGUCAUGCCUGUUAAAAAAAUAGGCCAUCGAAGUGUUGAUCCCUCUGGAGAGACUACGUACAAGAAGACAACUUCAUCAGCCUUGAAAGGUGCCAUCCAGUUAGGCAUCACUCACACUGUGGGCAGCCUGAGCACCAAACCAGAGCGUGAUGUCCUCAUGCAAGACUUCUACGUGGUGGAGAGCAUCUUUUUUCCCAGUGAAGGCAGCAACUUGACACCAGCUCACCAUUACAAUGACUUUCGGUUCAAGACCUAUGCGCCUGUUGCCUUCCGUUACUUCAGGGAGCUGUUUGGCAUCCGGCCUGACGAUUACUUGUACUCCCUUUGCAGCGAGCCAUUGAUUGAACUCUCCAAUUCUGGAGCUAGUGGUUCCCUCUUCUAUGUGUCCAGUGAUGAUGAAUUCAUCAUUAAGACCGUCCAGCAUAAAGAAGCAGAAUUUCUGCAGAAGUUACUUCCAGGAUACUACAUGAAUCUUAACCAAAACCCUCGUACUUUGCUGCCCAAAUUUUAUGGAUUGUACUGUGUGCAAGCAGGCGGCAAGAACAUACGAAUUGUGGUGAUGAACAAUCUCUUGCCUCGGUCAGUCAAAAUGCAUAUGAAAUAUGACCUGAAGGGUUCAACUUACAAGCGGCGGGCUUCUCAGAAAGAACGAGAGAAAACUCUCCCCACCUUUAAAGACCUGGACUUCCUACAAGAUAUCCCCGACGGCCUAUUUUUGGAUGCUGACAUGUACAGUGCUCUGUGUAAGACUCUACAGCGAGACUGUUUGGUGCUGCAGAGCUUCAAGAUAAUGGACUAUAGCCUGCUGAUGUCCAUCCACAACAUAGACCAUGCACAGAGGGAGCCCACUAGCAAUGACGCACAGUACUCAGCUGACACGCGCAGACCAGCCCCACAGAAGGCGCUCUAUUCCACAGCUAUGGAAUCCAUCCAGGGCGAGGCUCGACGGGGCGGCACCGUGGAGACCGAGGACCACAUGGGUGGCAUCCCUGCCCGGAAUAACAAAGGGGAAAGGCUCCUGCUUUAUAUUGGCAUCAUUGAUAUUCUUCAGUCCUACAGGUUUGUGAAGAAGUUGGAGCACUCUUGGAAAGCACUGGUCCAUGAUGGGGAUACGGUGUCAGUACAUCGUCCAGGCUUCUAUGCGGAGCGGUUCCAGCGUUUCAUGUGCAACACAGUGUUCAAGAAGAUUCCCUUGAAGCCUUCUCCUACCAAAAAGUUUCGGUCUGGCCCGUCUUUCUCUCGGCGAUCAGGCCCCAGCGGCAACUCCUGCACUUCCUCCCAGCUGACGGCCUCUGGGGAACACAAAGCACAAGUGACUACAAAGGCGGAAGUGGAGCCAGAUGUACACCUUGGGCGUCCUGAUGUCUUACCUCAGACUCCACCUUUGGAGGAGAUAAGUGAGGGCUCACCUGUUCCUGGCCCCAGUUUCUCACCUGUAGUUGGACAACCUUUGCAAAUACUAAAUUUGAGUUCAACCUUGGAAAAGCUUGAUGUUGCAGAGUCAGAGCUCACCCACUGAGCCUCAGAAGACCUGCAACAAGACUCCGCUGUCGCUUUGAUCCCAAGAUGUCAGCCCUUGCCCCAGGAAUGCUGAGUCGUCUUCUUGGUCAUCAACAGAGGAGAGAAUGUGGAGCUAGCAGGUCUCUGUCACUGUCUCCCCUUCCUCUGGGCAGUAGUGCCUUUGACAGUUGAGGACAGCAUCGUCCCCACCACUCCAGAAGUGGGUGGCAUGAAUUUUCCACUGCCUGCCAUGGCUUCUAUAGCUGAAUAUUUUUCAAACCCCCAUUCUUUGUGCUGGACGUGGGGUUGCUGGACUGGUGGUUUCCUCCUCUUACCUUUCCCCUGGAGCUGGACUCUUCAUUUCCUCAGGACAGACUGGCUGGACAUUGUUCCUACCUUCGAUCUUCCCGCUGGUCUUUGGAGACUCCCAAGGAUUUUUAUAAAGGUGUUUGGGGGAGAAUAAGGAUGAUCCUUACUCCCAACCUUUUUUUCCUUAAAAAAGGAAAAAAACACAAAGAGCACACAAUGUCAAUUUGAGCCAGUCUCAGAUAAAAGUUCUCUAAGUGUUGUAGAAGAGCCCUAGUGUUUGUGAAGCAGGAAGGCUGGGGCUGCCCCACCAGCAGCUGCUCUCUGAUCCCUCACUUAGGGCUGAGGGAGUAGACAGGGCCUGGCCCUUUUUUAAGACAGUGGGGCAGCAAUGUUAGGAGAGUGGACUUAGCAGGACCCUGCUCACUGCCAGGUCAUACAGUUAUUACUAUUCUGCAAUUUGGAAUGUAUCCUCAUAGCUUUUUCUAGAUAUAAAGAAUUAUCAAAUGAUUUUAGACCAUUCUCCAAAGGAGAUUUCUUUGUUCUUCCUAUAUUUUCCAACAGUAUUCUGCUCUUUGUGGAGCUACGGUGGAGGGAGAUGUUUGUGUCUGUUUAACAGGCAGUCUGUAUCUAUGAGGCUAGAGAAUAUUUUCUUAAACUCCUAGGGAGCCACAGACUUCCCUCUGUACGGUUGUCGCCAUGUCACCUGGCCUGCCCUACUCUGCAGAGAAGCUGGAAAUGGGGCCACAGAGCCCUCUCCUCCUCUCAGUUGUGGCCCAUCUGGUCCUGGCUGGUGGGGCAGUGCAUGGUGUUUCAGGCUGGCUAUUGAAAUCCCACAUUAGUUCCUUCCCUGUCCCAUCCCACCUUGAUAGCAGGUUAGCCAACCCCACGUAACUGUCUAUAUUAGACAUCCCCAGCCAGCUUCUGGCUGCCUGUCUUUGCUGCCAUGUUCUUUUUUACAAGAAGGAAAGAAACAAUUUCUUGCUAUUUUUUUUUCAUAAUUUACUAUUUAUGAUGUAUUUAAGUGUUUUAUUCAGGACAGGGUUCUGUAAGGGGUGGGAGGGAGUAUCUGAGGGAGGGCUGGGAAAGGACAAGGGGUCAACAUUUUUAUGGAGUGUUACUAUUUGCCUCUACUUUGUAUUGUUGAAAAAUGACAAAUGCAAUAUAAAAGUAAUAAAUAUCUGGUUUUAAUGUAUUACAGUUCUAGCAAUCAUUUAGCCCUAUUUUUAAAUGCUUUUAUUAGUGUGGUAGUCAUAAUUUCAUUGCAUUUUCAUACAUGCACAUAACGUACGGGAUCACCCUUACCUGGUUGCCCUUUCUUCGGACUUGUUUCUUGUCCUGGAGGUAGUUGUGGGAUCCUUGAACUUGUG